AGAUGAUACUCCUCACAUCCCCAAUGAGAAGCUUGGAGAAGAAAAGGUUCUGCACAUAAUAGAAAAUCUGACUUCUCUGAUAAAAGAGACAUUUCCAGAUACUAAAGUCUAUGCGGCGAUGGGCAAUCAUGACUUCCACCCCAAGAAUCAGUUUCCAGGGAAGGAACACAGGAUCUACAACCGAACGGCUGAACUGUGGCAUCCCUGGCUGAAUGAUGCUUCCAUUCCUCUUUUCAGAGCAGGAGCUUUCUACAGUGAGAAGCUGCCCAGCCCAGGGACAAGGGGGCGAAUGGUUGUCCUCAAUACCAAUCUGUACUAUGACCAGAAUGAUGAAACAGCUGGUGAGGAAGAUCCUGGAGGGCAGUUCCAGUGGCUGGAAGAAACGCUGACCAAUGCCUCUAGAGCCAAUGAAAUGGUCUACAUUGUGGGGCACGUCCCUCCUGGCUUCUUUGAGAAGAAACGAGGCAAGUCCUGGUUCCGGAGUGGCUUUAAUGAACGAUACUUGAAAAUCAUGCAGAAGCACCACAGAGUGAUUGCUGCCCAGUUUUUUGGGCACCAUCACACCGACAGCUUUCGGAUGUUUUACAGUGAUACAGGUUCUCCAAUCAACGUCAUGUUCCUGACCCCUGGAGUGACUCCCUGGAAAACAACACUACCUGGAGUGAACAACGGAGCCAACAACCCUGGGAUUAGGGUGAUUGACUAUGAUCCAGACACCCUGCAAGUGUUGGAUAUGGUGACUUACUACUUGAACCUAACUCGUGCCAACAUGAUGGCCUCAGCAUGGGAGGAAGAGUUUCCAACAUGGGAGGAAGAGUAUAGGCUGACAGAAGCCUUCCAAGUCCCUGAUGGCUCUGCGCAUUCCAUGCAAAUGGUGCUGGAGAGGAUAUCAAAGGAUCCGCGCUUUCUGCAGCAGUACUAUGAGUUUAACUCUGUCAGAUAUGACCUCACCCCAUGCGAGGAGCCCUGCCACGUUGAUCAUGUUUGCGCCAUCAGGGAAGUUGAUUUUACAAAAUACAACGAGUGUGUUAAAACCAGCAGUUCUGCCUCUGCCGUCAUCAGCAUUUGGCUUUUAUUUUUCUGUUUGCUCUUAGGACUUCUCAGGCCCCAGCAAGCACUGUUAUGA